AUGUCUUCGCCAAAACGCACCGCUUCACCAUCUCCAAAUAACGACGCCAAACGCAUCAAGUUGACGGUGCCCCAGCAGAACCAAGGGGCGACUGCUGUGGACCCGGAAAACGCACCUGGAAAGAAGAGCGAGCUGGAGCCAAUCCAAGGUGGGGACAUUGGAAAUCUGCCACCCGACGAUGCCAGUGAACCCUCGCGUGAGCCGGCGUCCGCGGUCUCGGUGCGCGUAUUAAAGGCUGAGGGCGAGGGCGAGGAUGGCGGAGAUGUGUCCAUGGCGGAAGGUGUCGACGCGGUAGAUGAGGAGGCAGACUCUGGAGAAGAGAACGAUGAGGAAGACCCAGCCCAGCUCGAGGCUACCAGACUCCGACUGGAAGAGCAAGCGCAGAAGUAUCUCGCCGCCCAGACGCACGAAGUGAUCAUUCCCUCCUAUUCUGCAUGGUUUGAUAUGUCGAAAAUCCAUCCCAUCGAGCGCCGUGCGCUACCUGAGUUCUUUAACUCGCGACACCGGUCGAAAACCCCCUCGAUAUACAAGGACUACCGCGACUUUAUGGUCAAUACCUACCGCUUACGCCCGUCCGAGUAUCUCACUGUGACUGCGUGUCGCAGAAAUCUCGCGGGCGACGUCUGCGCUAUCAUGCGCGUCCACGCGUUUCUCGAACAAUGGGGGCUGAUCAACUACCAAAUUGACCCGGACCAAAGACCAGCCGCCCUAGCACCGCCAUUCACGGGUCACUUCCGUGUUAUUCUUGACACCCCUCGCGGACUGCAGUCAUUACAUCCCGGCACUCGUCCGACAAACCAGUCUACCGCAGCGGGUAUCAAUGGCGCCGUCAAACCAGGCUCCUCCGCUACUCCUGCAUCCGUCGAAUUGCGCUCAUCUAUCUACCAGACGACAGCAAAGUCUUCACGGCAAGUCAACGCGGCAGAAGCGAAUGCGCUUACCAACGGCGCCAACGCGCCCAAUGGCCAGGAGCGACCGAUGGUCAAGUACCAAUGCGACACAUGCGGAGUGGACUGUACGCAGGAGCGGUAUCACUCGCUGAAACAGAAGAACUUCGAGCUCUGUCCGCCAUGCUACCUUGAUGGCCGAUUCCCGUCGACGAUGUUCAGCGGCGACUUCGUGAAGCUCACUGCCGCGUCGACUGCGAGCGGGCUGCACCAUGGGAGCGGGACGGGCGCGGAUGACGAUUGGACAGAUCAGGAAAUCCUGUUGCUGCUCGAAGGUGUGGAAAUGUACGACGACGACUGGUCCGCGAUCGAGGAACACGUCGGGUCGCGAAGCGCACAGCAGUGCAUUCGCAAAUUCUUGCAACUCCCUAUCGAAGAUCCAUACGUCGCAACUGAGGGCGACAUGGGUCCGUUGCGUUACGCGCGGAUACCAUUUGAGCAAGCAGACAACCCGGUGAUGAGCGUUGUCGCAUUCCUCGCUGGCGUCAUCAAUCCAGGUGUAGCGGCAGAGGCUGCCAAGACCGCGUUGCACGCCCUUACGGACGGCAACGUCAAAGAUGCCGAAGACGGGGAGAACAAAAAGGAGGAGCAGAGCGCAGGAACUGUCGGUGAGGCCGAAGGCGACUCGGAGAAGCCUGAUGUGUCUAUGGAGGACGCCCAGAGAGACAGCUCAGUGGUACAGCCUGCUGAGGGCGAUAACGCUGAGCGGCAGCAACCAGAGAGUUCAGAUAUGGCGGUUGACUCGGAGGCCGGGCAGUCAAAACCCACGCAGGGCAUUCCGCACUCAAAAGUCGUCCGCGCCGCCAAUCUCGCGCUCAAGGCAUCUGCUAAGGCUGCCAACAAGCUCGCCAACGCGGAGGAUACGCAGAUCCGCUCCACUCUUGCGACGCUCAUCCAACUCACGCUGACGAAGCUUGAGCUGAAGAUGGCACAGUUCGAGGAGCUCGAGGAGCUGCUCGAGGACGAACGGCGGAAUCUAGAGAGCCAGCGGAUGGCACUCGUCAACGAACGCACCACACUGCGGAAGACACUGGACAACGUGCGGACAGAACUAGGGAAGCACAACCAGGGCAGCAGUACGCCUGGCGCAUUGAAUGCGGCCACCAGCCAGGCGCAAUCCGCACUUAACCAGAGCGGACAAGGGGCACGGGUUAGCGAAGUCCCAGGUGGCGCCCCGGCGCAGGGGGACAUGGGCCCUGUUAGCGGGGGUAACGUCGCGCAACUGAGUUGA